CAGCAGAGGGACUCCCCAAUGCGGAUAUGAGAGGAGAGGAAGCUCCCUCCCUCUUUCUGUUUCUGUUUCCACGCCGGCCUGGGCUCAGGGAAAUCUGCUUUCACCCCGAGGACAAGGAGUCUGACUCCCCGGCAUGGCCCAGACUGUGCUGUACCUCGCUCCGCACCCUCACAACUUCCAGAAUGCCAAGGUCCUCAUCGCGCUGGAGUACGGCCGCUCCGAGCUGGGAACGGUGGAAAUCCGAGGACCAGCUGCCGGUGAUACCCUGAGCCAGCUGGCCACCUCCAGGCUGCCGGCGUUGGAGACUGGCUCCAGUCUCUGCCUCCAGGGAGCUAGGGCCAUCGCCCAUUACCUCGCCCCAGGGAGGAUGAGGGGUUCCAGCACCAAGGACUCUGCCUCGAUCCAGCAGUGGGUGAACCUGGCAGACAGCGAGAUCAUUCAGCCGGCCUGCACUUGGGCUUUCCCAAAGCUGGGCUUGAUGAAGCACAACAGUAAGGCUGCUGAAAGAGCUCGGCUGGACCUGAAGAGAAUCCUGCGACUACUGGAUGCCCACCUGAAGCUGCGGACCUACCUGGUGGGGGAGGGAGUCACCUUGGCAGAUAUCGCCGUCAGCUGUUCCUUGCUGCUGCCCUACAAACACGUCUUCGAGCCCCACUUCAGGAAGCCCUACGUGAACGUGAACCGCUGGUUCCUGACCUGCAUGAACCAGCCCGAGUUUGUCCGUGCGCUGGGGGAGGUGACGCUGUGUGAGCGGAUCGUUCCUGUGGCUGGGCAGAAGCAGAAUGCAGUCCCCACCUCGGAAGGGACCCCGACCCCAGCCCCAGAGCAGCCCCCUGUGAGGAAGACUCCAGCCCAGCUGAAGAAGGAAGCGAUGAAGAAGGAGAAGAUGGACAAGUUCCUGCAGAAACAGAACAAGCUGAAGGAGCAGCAGGCGCGGCAGCCGGAGAAAAAAGCCAAAGCAGAGAAGAAGGAUUUGGGAGUGAUUACAUACGAUAUCGCCACUCCUCCGGGAGAGAAGAAAGAUGUGUCCUGCCCAAUGCCAGACUCCUACAGCCCCCAGUAUGUGGAAGCUGCCUGGUACCCCUGGUGGGAAAAGCAAGGCUUUUUCAAACCCGAAUACACGCACAGUAUCUCGGAGCCGAACCCGAAGGGGAUGUUCAUGAUCUGUAUCCCUCCGCCUAACGUGACUGGGUCCCUGCAUCUGGGCCAUGCCCUCACCAACGCGAUCCAGGACUCACUGACUCGCUGGCACCGGAUGCGCGGAGAGACCACCCUGUGGAACCCGGGCUGUGAUCACGCUGGCAUUGCCACCCAGGUGGUGGUGGAGAAGCGGCUGUGGCGUCAGUCCAGGCAAACCCGGCAUGACCUGGGCCGCCAGAACUUCAUCCAGGAAGUGUGGAAGUGGAAGAACGAGAAAGGCGACCGGAUUUACCACCAGCUACGGAAGCUGGGCUCCUCUCUGGACUGGGACCGUGCCUGCUUCACUAUGGACCCGAAACUGUCGAGAGCUGUCAAGGAAGCGUUUAUCCAGCUGCACGACGAGGGGGUGAUCUAUCGCAGCACGCGUCUGGUGAACUGGUCCUGCACACUGAACUCUGCCAUCUCUGACAUCGAGGUGGAUAAGAAGGAGCUGACGGGACGGACUCUUCUCCCGGUGCCCAGUUACAAGGACAAGGUGGAGUUCGGGGUCCUCGUCUCUUUCGCCUACAGAAUCGAUGGCUCGGAUGAGGAGGUGGUAGUGGCAACCACUCGAGUUGAGACCAUGCUGGGAGACACUGCAAUCGCUGUCCACCCUCAGGACUCCAGAUACCAGAAUCUGAAAGGGAAGUUCGUCAUCCACCCUUUCUGUGACCGGAAAAUGGCCAUCGUCUUCGAUGAGUUUGUGGACAUGAGCUUUGGAACAGGGGCCGUAAAGAUCACACCAGCUCAUGACCAGAACGAUUAUGAAGUGGGCUUGAGACACAGCCUUGAGUUUGUAAACAUCAUGGACAAUAAUGGCUGUCUCAUCAACGUCCCAGAACCGUUUUUGGGAAUGAAGCGGUUUGAUGCUCGGAAAGCUGUCCUGGACGCGUUGGUACAGAGAGGCCUCUUCAGAGAAGUGAAGGACAAUCCCAUGGUGGUCCCAGUCUGCAGUCGUUCCAAAGACAUUGUGGAACCUCUGCUGAAACCCCAGUGGUAUGUGCGUUGUGACGAAAUGGCGAAAAUGGCGGCCGACGCGGUACGGAACGGAGAUUUGAAAAUCAUCCCCGAAAAUCACCUCAAGACCUGGUUUAAUUGGAUGGAUAACAUCAGGGAUUGGUGUAUUUCCCGGCAGCUGUGGUGGGGUCACCGGAUCCCAGCCUACUUUGUGACGGUCAACGAUCCCAACAUUCCGGCUGGAGAGGACGCAGACGGCAAUUACUGGGUGAGCGGGCAGACAGAGGACAUCGCCAGGGAGAAAGCAGCAAGGAAAUUUAACGUCUCGCCAGAUCAGAUCUCGCUCCGUCAAGAUGAGGAUGUCCUGGAUACCUGGUUCUCUUCCGGAUUGUUCCCAUUCUCCAUCUUUGGGUGGCCAGAUGAGACUGAGGACCUGAAAGCCUUCUACCCAGGCACACUGCUGGAGACGGGCCACGACAUCCUGUUCUUCUGGGUGGCCAGGAUGGUGAUGCUGGGCUUAAAGCUGACCGGGAAGCUACCUUUCCAGGAGGUUUACCUCCAUGCCAUCGUUCGGGAUGCUCAUGGCCGCAAGAUGAGCAAAUCUCUCGGCAACGUCAUUGACCCCCUCGAUGUGAUCUUCGGCAUCACGCUGGAGGGUCUGCACGCACAGCUACUGGACAGUAACUUGGACCCCAUCGAGAUCGAGCGAGCCAAGGCGGGUCAGAAAUCUGAUUAUCCGGUUGGAAUUCCCGAAUGUGGGACUGACGCCCUGCGAUUUGCUCUAUGUGCCUACACGUCCCAAGGCCGAGAUAUCAACCUGGACGUGAACCGCAUCCUGGGGUACCGCCACUUCUGCAACAAGCUGUGGAACGCCACCAAGUUCGCCAUCCGUGGUCUUGGGGAGAACUUCAAACCAGAGGGCCGUGCCCAGGAUGCAUCGCGAGGGAGCCUGAUCGAUGGCUGGGUCCUGAGUCGUCUGAGCCAUGCGGUCGAGCUGUGUAACACUGGCUUUGGGCUGUAUGACUUCCCGGCUGUAACCACUGCUGUCUACAACUUCUGGCUGUAUGAGCUGUGUGACGUUUACCUGGAAUGCCUGAAGCCUGUGUUUGUUGGUACCGAUGAGGAAGCAGUGAGCGUGGCCCAGAACGUGCUGUACACCUGCCUGGACACAGGCCUUCGCCUCCUCAGCCCUUUCAUGCCCUUCGUAACCGAGGAACUGUACCAGAGGUUACCACGGCGAUCGGCUCAGGACCCUCCGAGCAUUAGUGUGACUCCAUACCCGGAAUCGGAAGAGUACUGUUGGAGGAACGAGGAGCUGGACCGCUCUGUGGAGUUUGUCAUGACCAUUAUCCGGGCCAUCCGAUCCCUCCGUGCAGACUACAACCUCACCAAGACUAAAGCUGAUUGUUACCUCUCGUGUUCGGAUGAGGGCACAGCUGCCCAGCUGAACCCAUUCUCCUCCUACAUCCAGACAUUGUCCUCUUCCAAGUCGGUGACCUUCCUGGUGAACGAGGAGUGCCCAGACGGAUGUGCCAUGGUCAUCGCUUCGGACCGCUGCACUGUCCACCUCAUGCUGAAGGGGCUGAUCGAUGCGGAGAAGGAAGUCACGAAGCUCCGGGCGAAGCAGUCCGACGUUCAGAAGCAGAUUACGAAGCUCAGGGAGAAAAUAUCCAAAGCUGAUUACAGCACCAAAGUGCCUCAGAAAAUCCAGGAGCUGGAUGCAGAGAAGUUGAAGCAGAUGGAGAUGGAAUUGCAGAAGGUGGAAGAAGGAAUCAGGAAUUUUGAGAAGAUGAUCUGACGGGCUCUCGGGUUCCACCCCGCUCCCCGCAGCCCGUGUGAGAGAUGGCGAGAGGGGGUCCUGCUGUCGGACCUUAACUGU